AUGGUCAUGUUUGGGGUCCAAGUCAUUGCUUUCAUCUCCCAUGGAGGAGUGCGGGGUCUCGUUCGCGAUGCCAAGUCCUCGCUCUUGACCAGUGAACGCAUAGAAUCAAGCACUGAUUACCCCGGGCAAUCUAUCAAGCUCUACGUUCUUGUUCAGCUCAAGCUUCACGCUCUUCUCCAUGAGACAUGGCUCCGGGGCAAUUAUUUCAUCUAUCAACAGACACAAUCGGGAUUCGAACCAACGAACGUUGUCUCAUGGCGCGUUCCUUCCCGCCAUUGGCCUCACUCAUCAUCUAUUGCGUACUUGGUCUUCCAAUACGGUACCCUCUUCUACACAAGAAUGUAA